AUGGAGAGUGGCAGCAACAUGGAAUCCAAGGCGGCCUCAGCCGGCGACGAGGCCAUGACCUUGCCUGUGCCGGAGCCGGUGGCGGCAGCAGCUGGCGGGGCCACUGGAGGAGAGGACGAGGUGGCGCCGCCGGCAGCGGGCGCUGGAGAGGCGACGACGCCGGCACCAGCUGCCAGCCCAAAGCCGUACUACGAUUGUGUCUUCUGCAAGCGUGGGUUCACCACGGCGCAGGCGCUCGGCGGCCACAUGAACAUCCACCGCCGCGACCGCGCGAAGCCGACCCGCGACUCACCAGCCACUGGCAUAACCACGGUGUCCCGGAACGUCGAGUACUAUAACAAGUACCGCCACUUGUUGGGGCCGUCGUCGUAUCCCCCAGCACAGUCGUCGAUUCCGAUCCCGAUCGGUGCCGGCAGCAGCUUCAGCAGGUACUACACGAGUUCGGCGGCUGUGGCCGGGGCUAGGCUGGACGCCGAGGGUGGGAACCCUAACAGCGUGAGCCCCAGGGAGCUCAGCCUGUUCGGUGAGGCCACCAGCCGUGAUCAAGACUUGCACCUGAGCCUCGGGCGGCACGGGCACAUCGUCGUCGGCGAAGGAUCACGCGCGCCGGCCGACGGGUCGUCAGAGCGGCAGGAGUCGGGUGAGCCGGAAAGGGAGCUGGACUUGGAGCUCAGGCUUGGGCGUUGUCCCAGCAGGCAUUGA